AUGGCUUCCCUUGUUGAUGAUAUAAAUGCUUGUUCUUAUCUGUACCCCCUGGAGUUGCCUUCUAAAAAGUUUGUGUUCAAGUGGGUGGAAUCCAGAAAACCAGAACGCUAUUCAUCAGCUGCGCCACUGUCACCUGAUGCACGCCUGCGCAUUGUAUCCGAGCGUGUUGACCUCAUCGAUAACCUCAUCAUUUCUGUUUUGAUAGGUCCUCCAAAUUCGCAGUUCUUGAAAUCUAAGGAUAAGAGUAAAUGGAGUGCAAAAGAUGUUGCUGAUUCUGUUUUAUCUGACAAGUCUGCUUUGAGAAUCACCUCAACUCAACGUAUGGCUGAGAGUUCGGUCCUUGAUACACAUUCUUCUGAAAUUGAUGGUGAGCCAUAUUGGUACUAUGAAUACCUCGUUCGCAAAUCGCCUACAAAAACUGCUCAAGAAUCAAAUAUUUACAGGCAUUAUAUCACUUCAACUGCUGAACGAGAUGGUUAUUUAUACUCUCUAAAUGCUUCAACUCUUAGCAACAAAUGGGAUGUUAUGGGGCCAUUUUUGGAGAAAACUGUGGCAUCUUUCCGCCUUCUACCGCCCACGGAAAACUAUGUCCCUCCAUACAAGGAUCCUUGGAGAUUUUGGUGA